AUGAAUGAUCUUGCUGAAGUUGAAUUUCUUAUUAAAAAUCUUCAUGAGAAUUCAGAAAUCAUUGUAUAUUUUGCUAUUAAUAAAACAACAAAUGAAAACUUUCUUAAUGGAAUAUUUUGGGCCUAUCAUAUUAGCUUUACCUACUUUUCAAAAGGACAUAAUGUUAUUAUUAUAGAUGUGAUAUAUAAAACAAAUUGGUUUAAUAUGCCAUUAGUUGUAAUUUGCUUUGUAGAUACAUAUAGAUCAACAUAUAUACUUGCUUUAGCCUUAAUUAGUCAAGAAACAACUGCACAUUAUACAUGGGUAUUGGAAUGUUUUAAGAUGUCUUUGGUUAAUCUUACAGAAAAUGAAACUAAUUUAAAAUCUAAAUUAAGAAAUCAAUAUGAUGAUUUUAUUAAGAAAUUUAUGAUAAUUACAAAUUAUGAAGAAGAUAUUGAACUGAUAGAUCAGAAGAUAAAUGCAUUAUUACAAAACUAUUUAGCAGCAACUAACUAUAUAACAUCAACUUGGUUUAUAUAUCAACAUUAUUGA